AGCAUCUCCUGGAGCAACAGCGAUGGCGGCCUCCGUAACCGAGCAGCUUUUUUCUCUGGAGCUGCUCGUGGACUGGGUGCAUCUUGAGGUCGGAAAGGUAAAGCCGCCAGCGUUCUCCGAGAAACAGGGAGACGAAGAGGGGACUUCAUCGCUGCGCCGCCUGUGCCCCGUAGUGGCCUUCCGCCUGCUGGACUUCCCUACGCUGCUAGUUUACCCUCCUGGAGGUCCGGCCGCCCCAGCUCCGGAACCGAGACCCGGGCUGUUCAGCUUCGGUCGCGGCAAGUCCUGUCUCUUCCGCCUGCACCCUGCCACCUUGCACCGCUCGCUGCUUCGGACCCCACUUUACACCUUACUCUUGCACCUGCCUCCCGGGCUCCCGACUCCUGCCCCGCAGCUGCUCGGUUCCAGCAGUAUCUCACUGGCUGCCGCUGCGCACAAAAUUCUGGGAGCUGCCUCUUCAGGCUCCUCCCAGGGUGAUAGACGAAGUUUUCCGCUGCAUAACCAAGUAGGGGAGUGCCUAGGGAGCAUUGCCCUGGGCUACCGCCUGACUGCUUUGGAAAGCAGCUUGCUGGGCCACCUUCAGAGGCCUGUCACUUAUAAAGGAGGUGAAGUAGAGGGGGUAGAAUUGCAGAAGACCUUAAAGGUCAGUUCCCAAACCCAGCAGAAAAAACAUCAGCCAGCCUCAGAGCUGCCCGAAGUUAAUGCUGAUGGGUCCCAGGUAGAUUUAAAAAUUCCAAAGGCACCAAAGAACUCUAAGGAAGUAGUCUUACACAAUCAGGCCAACUCUGAUAGCACUGGUUCUGUGGAGAAUAGCAAAAUCAACGGAGUUUGUGCAAAUGUAAGGAGUGUUAGCACUCUAGGUCAAGAAGUCACAGAAUUGGACAUUGAGACCAAUAUAAUUUGCCCCCCUCCUCUGUAUUACACUAAUUUUACCCUAGAAAAAGCUUUUCAUGUACCGGGUAAAAUCACUAUUAAGCCUCAAACAAAUUUAUCUGAGGAACUGAAUGAUACUUUUCCGGAAGAAAAACUUGUAAGUUUCUCAACAUGUGUUAAUUCUGUAAAACAUACAAAUUUUCCAACACCCAAGAGUCCUCCAGUGCUUCUUAAUCCUCCAAACAAUCAGGAUAUAGGAACAACUAAUCAAACUACAUAUCAGCCUCAAACUGAACAAAAUAGAAUUGGUUCAAUAAAUCAGCUGCCAAUGUUAAAUGCUUUGUUGGUUGAAUUGUCCUUAUUGUUAAACCAACCCAUGGCAGAUCCUCUUUAUGUACAUCCUCAGUUGGCCUGGCUCUAUAGUUCUGAGCAUAAGAGGUUAUCAGAAUCUUCUGCCAAAUCUGCAUUUGAAGCUAAAUCUAGGAAGGAUAAGCUUUCUGUGGGGGCGAAUGAAAAGGCAAUCAAUCUUCAACAUAAAAAGAAUCAAGUUGAAAACCUAAAGGAUGGUAAAUAUUUUCAAGAGAAAAAUGUUAUCCCAAAAAGAGUUCCAAGGGGGAAGCUAUUUUAUGGCUUAACAAAUACACUCAAACUUCGUUUAAAGCAAACAAAUCCUGCUAUGUUGGCAGUGCAUGAAAAAAGAGAACAGUAUCGAAAAAUGCAAGCACAGAUGUUAGGUGCAAAACUCAGAAUGCCUUCUUCCAAAGCAUUCAGCAUUGCAAAACAACACCAAAAGCAACAUCAACCUCCUAGAGAUAAAGAUUUAGAAUCAGAUGCAUCUUUUGUUAAGUAUAGUGAUACUUCAAAACAAGUUAGUGGGGGUUUUGAUGACCCCAGCUUGAAUAAAGAAAAUAAACUGAAUCAUGCAACAGAAGAGACAGUUGAUUGUGGUAAAAAUAGAACCAAUGAUACUUCAUUGGAAGAAAUAGUGAGUUCUGCAAACUCUGUUGUCCCGCAUACAAAUAUUUCCGAAACAAAAAUGAUAGUGAAAGCUGAAAGUCCCUGUGGUUUCCGACUGGUUGCAGUAGACAGAAUUGUAGUAGAUAGACAAAUAAAUGAUGGGAAAACUGAAACCAUGGAUAAUGAACAUUUUUAUGCUGAUAUGACUGAAAAUGAAGUAAGUAAAAAUAGUUCCUCAGAAAACAUCUCAUUGAAAUAUUCAGAUGAUUUUACUAGCCCUUACUAUUCUGAAGAUUUCUAUUCAGCUGAGGAUACCAGCAGAAUUUUAUCAGUUUGUGACAGCAGUUCAAGGACAGAAGGUCCUAAACAUAGUCAGUAUAAAAACAAAUCUAGUGUAACAAGAUUGUCCAGAAGGGAAAAUAGCAGUGAAAAGAGUUCUAUUAUUAGUCCACCAUUUUCAGCUGGAUCACCAGUACACUCAAAAAAAAGUUGUUAUAUUUCAAAAACUCAAGAUAGAAUUUUGAAGGAAGCAUCUAGCAGUGAUUUAUCUUCAUCACUUUGGACUGAGGAAAAUAAAAACCAGGAAGAUCAAAAUAAUAUGCAUAAUUCUAAAUUUAUAAGGAGCAACCAAGAUAUCUCUGUUAAACUUAAAACAAUAUAUGGUUGCAAAUCUUUAGAAAGAAGUCAAUCACCUCAGACAUCUCAAGUGAGCUCCUAUAUGCCACCUAGUUUGUCAGAACUGAAAUUUAAUAUCCUGGAUUUCAGCAGCACAUCAGAUAACCUUGAAGAAGACAGCGAUGAAGUUGGUUCACUAAAUAUUUCAAAGCAAUGCAAAGAUAUUUGUGAAUUAGUAAUAAAUAAACUUCCAGGAUAUACAAUGUAAGAGUAUGUGCUUUUAAGAAAGUUAAUUUUUGUACAUAUAAUAAAAUGAUGUUAAUACUCUUGUUUUUAGUGCAUAAAUUAUGUGAAUCUUUAGCAGGCACAAAUUUUGUUACUCCU